AUGGUACGCCAAGCGGGCAAGCCAGCCGUCUUCUUGACGGUGUCUGCCGCUGAAUACCAUUGGCCACUUCUAAUUAAAGCUUUAAAAGCAUUAAGCAAAUCUGGUGGACAGAUGGUAAUGGAUGGUCACAUCGAGAGUGAACAAGAUGCCAACGUACCCCCUCUGGUGUUACAAGAUAUAGAAAACGUGGUACAGGGAUCGAGCGAACAGGCCUCAAUUGACAUUCCGGGGGAUGAGCGACUAAAACUAAUUAGAGAAGACCCUGUAGUCUGCGCCAUGUAUUUCCAGGAAGUCGUGAGGCUCCUGGAAAAGUUUUUGAAACAACGAAAAGGCCCCAUGGGGCGUUAUCGUGUUACUGAUUUCUUCUUUAGAAUUGAGUUUCAGGCGAGGGGAAGUCCACAUUUGCAUUCUCUAUUGUGGAUAGAAAAUGCUCCGGACCCCCUGGAGGAUCCAGAAGGUGCAUGCAAAUUUGCUGACGAACUCUUGACGUGUUCUGCGAGCCAUCCACUAGCGGAACGAAACAGACACAACCACACAACCACUUGUUUUAAAUCCCGUGUUGUGCAACGCCGGUUCGCAGCAGGAGAGCUUGCUCCCAUGGAUACUCAUAGACAUUGUCGUUUUAACGCACCGUUCUGGCCAACACCUUACACUCGCUUUAUAAAACCUCUCUAUGAGGAGCGGGACGAGCGUGCCACACGAAUUGACAAACCUUGGAAAGAAUAUUUAAAAGAAUUGAAAGAACUUCGUCUCCGUCUGAAGGAUGUUCUGGCGGCUGACAAUUGUCCUGCCACUUUGGCAGAAGUGUGGAAAAUGGCCGAGUGCCCGGACGAGGAGACGUAUAUCUUGGCCGUGCGGAGCGGAGUGAUGCACCCCACCUUCAUGUACAAACGCGAGGUUGCAGACAGAUUCCAAAACCCAUGCAUGCUGUGGGUAAGGUCAAGCAUUCAAUCCAAUGGCGACAGUCAACUCAUCGCAGAUGUGUACAGUCUUGUAAGGUACUGUGCAUCUUACAUUACAAAGGGUGAAAAGUGUCGCUCAGAAUUGUACAAAAAAUUGAUGACCCUUCGUCAUGAGAAGGGCUACGAUGAUCGCGCACUCUUGCAAAUGUUGUCCUCUGAAGCUUUGCGUGCAAAAGAAACCUCUGCACAGGAAGCAGCAUGGGUGCUUCUAAAAUAUCCAAUGAGCAAAAAAAGCCGGUAUUGUCGGUUUAUUGACACUUCUCCGCCGGAGCAACGUACCCGAAGCCCGAAAACGACUGCAGAAAUAGCAAACUUACCGGCCGGAUCAACUAACGUUUGGCGACCAGACAUUUACGACAUAUACGCAAAAAGACCUGAUUAUUUGAAUGACGUUUCUCUUGCUGUGUAUGUCGCCAAGUACCACAACAGCACACGGAAAGACAAAGACAACAAGAACAUCGGGCGACAACGUGAUUGGUUUAUUCGUUAUCGCAAGUAUGAUUGCAAGAGUGAGGACGUAACGGAACGAGAAAACUUUUAUCGUGCAAUGUGUACGUUGCACCUGAGCUGGAGAGACGAGAGUGCCGACAUAUUGCGUCACGGUGAGGACGGGCAAUCUUUUGAGGCACUUUACAAUGCAUGUGCGGAGAGAAUUACUGAAGGCAGGAGGCGCUUCGAAGCUCAACUCGACUUGGAGGAUACGCUGGAUGCUGAAGUGCAGACCUGUGUCGCAGAGGACGAAGAAGACGCCAACGAGGCUACGGACGGAGCACGCCGGUACCUAGGUGGCCACUCCAAAUACGUCUUUGACGACACGCAGCAAGCAGAGUACAUGGACGACGCCGGUCAGGACAUCACUGUUGACCUGCCAAAUAUACAACGGCAACCAAGUACUAAGUCCGUUGUGCAGCUACAACGGCGAGGUAAAUGGGACGACGAGACUUACCGCCGGAACAUAAGAGAGUUAAACCCUAAGCAGAAGGAGGUUGUUCUCAUUAUCAUUGAUGGGAUAAGACUACGUUCUGAACCCCGGUUUAUUUUCGUGGACGGAAGUGCUGGUAGUGGGAAGUCGGUCAUCGCACGCAAUAUAGUAAAUGCAUUUGAAACGUUCGCACCAAACCGACAUCCUGGUUACCCGAAAUCAGUCGUUGGUGCCCCAACUGGAAAAGCUGCCUUUUUAAUUGGAGGCGAAACUAUUCAUUCAAUCUACCGUCUCGUGUGCGACAAAGAGCGAGGCUCUACAGAAAGAGCACAUGCAGGCGAGGAAAUUUUGCCACCCCUUGGUCCUGAUCGCCUUGCGCACCUGCAAAAUGAAUUCUGUGAUUUGUAUGGACAAGUGAUUGAUGAGGUUAGCAUGUUGUCACAGAAAAACCUCUUGUCUAUGGAUGAAAGGUGCAGGAUGGCAAAAGGAACAAGGGAUGCCUUUGGAGGGAUAUGGACUAUUUUUCUUGGAGAUUUCAGACAAUUGGAACCGGUUUGUGGAACAUCCAUCUACUCGAGGUCAACUUCUUCUAUUGCUGGGUGCACCUCUUUGUGGCGCCGCUUUGAAUACACAGAGCUCACCGAAAACAUGCGACAGGGUGAGCAAAAGGAAUUUGCCCUAAUUUUGAAAAAAAUCGGCGAUGCAGAACAACUUACGGACCACGAGAGGAAAAUGCUGGAAUCCCGAAUGAUAAGGAAAAACAAUUUACAAGUGCCCCCAAAUGCAAUACGCAUAUUUAAAAGAAACAAAGAUGUAGAUAAUUUUAACAUGCAGAAAAUACUUGAAAACCCGCGCGAAAAAAUAAUUCCUCUUCAGGCUCGAGACCGUGUGGAGAGAAAUCGUGAGUAUAUUAAUCCGGGAACCGAAGAAUCUCUCCGCAAGCGCGAGGUACAUGCAAAAUACCACUUGGAAAAGGCCGAAAAACUCACCACUCAGCAAGCGCGGGGAUUGCCCUUCAAUCUGCUGGCAGUAAUAGGUUUACCGUACAUGCUCACCGUAAACAUUGACACGUCUGACGGCUUGGUCAACGGGGCAGUGGGCACACUUGCCUGGAUAGAAGUAGGGAGACUAGUGCCCCCUGCUUCUGAUCACGCCAACGCCGGACAAAAUGCGGUGAGCGGUGCGGAAAGCCUGCUUGCUGUAAGGAGAUUGUGGCUACGUUUCCCGGGCAGUACGGGAGCGCGAACAUCUGAAAAGUUCAAGCAGCAGCUAGCAGAGAGUGUGGCGAGAUCACGCUGUCUCGCCGCUGAACUUGAGGACAUAACAGGUUUCGAGUUCCCUGACCCACCUGCUGACUGCAUGGGUUUGGUCCCGAUUGAGCGAAAGGAUAUCGUCAUGAACUUGGUUCGGACCGAGCAGUGGCGCCGGGUAAGCAGGCAGCAGUUUCCGCUUGUGCCGGGACUGGCCUUCACAGUCCACAAAACACAGGGCGGAACCUACGACUGCGUUUGCGUUGAAUACGACGCAGCUUUUGACAAUGAGCUCGUGUAUGUCGGCCUUACAAGAGUAACAUCGCUUAAUGGCUUGUACAUAGACGACAAACGUGUUACUGAAAAUGCCAAAGGUCGCCUAUUCCAGCAUCCAAUUUCUCCUCACAAUGACGACGGCAGCAGCUUAACGCCGUCGCAACGUGCCAGAAGAAUAGCCAAGGUCGUCGCUCUCCAAGAAGAAAGAGCGCGCUUGCGAAGUUGUGCGCUAGUUCCUAGGUGGCACAGAAUACUUUCGGCGUGCGAAAACCCGGCGUUCGCCCGUAUAGUGUACCUCAAUGUACAGAGCCUGACGCGGCACGUGGAGGACGUGCGGCACGACCGCGUGUACAUGGAAGCAGACAUCCUUCUUUUCGCAGAGACAUGGUUGCAGCCACACCAAACCAUGUCUCUAGCGGACAACAUCGUAGAAGUGUUGAGGUGCGACAGAGAUGGCGGGCAGCGGGGCGGGGGCGUCGCCGUAUAUUCAAGAGUGCCGGCCGGGCCCAUCGCCACAAUAUCUAGAGAGGGGUUCGAAAUGGCUGUGAUAUGGGUUGGAACAGGUCUGCGCGUCGCCGUCAUGUAUUGUCACGGCAAACCUAGUGUUGAGUCUGUGCUGGAGGCGGUGCUCGAGAGCUUGCCACCAAUGCCAAACUGCCAAACUAUUUUGUACGGCGACUUUAAUAUCGAUAUGAUGGAAAGGGAAACAGGACAGAGCCACAGACUUGUGGAUGAGUUGUUACCUUACGGUCUCAUCAUGCAGAAUAGCAGGCGUGAGUCGACAACAUAUGAUUCAGAUGGAACCGUUAUUGAUGGCGCAUUUGCAAGUUGGCCUUUAGACAAUAGCCUUUCUAUCGCAACGCAAAGAUACCAGGCAUAUUUCAGCCAUCAUGUACCUCUUGUAACAUUUUUGCCACGAAUUUUACAAUGUGAUGACGAUAUUGUAGAUGUAGAUUCUGGCGUGGUUGAGCUCUAA